UAAAAUAUAUGUACCUCUUUUCUAGGGAAAUUACUAGAAGAUCUUUAAAUAGAAGAAGAUUUAACCUUCUAAAUCUCAGUGACAUAGAGUUUAAGAAUAGGUUUCGUCUGAGUAAAUCAGCUUUUAAGUUUUUGUGUGCUAAACUCCACCAGAAAACAAGUAUAAAAUCUACCAAAAAAAUUAGCUUAGAAGAAAAGGUUUUAUGUGCUUUGUCUUUUUAUGCCACUGGAUCAUACCAACGACUGGUUGGAGGGAAAUAUUUAGGGCAAACAACUGUUAGUAAAUAUGUAAGGGAAGUAACAGAUGCCCUGACAACUCCUGGAUUAAUUAAUUAUUUUAUAAAAUUCCCAAUAACAAGAUCACAGAGGGACUUGAUAAAAAAGAAAUUUUACACCAAAUUGGCAUUUCAUAUAUUUUCUCCAAGCAGUGAAAUCGAACAUCAUUUUUACUGUAGAAAACACUUUUACUCUUUAAAUGUACAAAUGAUUUGUGAUAGCGACUGUUGCAUACUUAAUGUGAAUGCUAAGUAUGGUGGGGUACAUAGAAACAAUGAACAAGUGUGGUUAUUAGGUGAUUCUGGAUAUUCCCAAAAGCCUUGGUUGAUGACAUCUGUUACCAAUGCUGUUGAAGGGAGUCCUGAAGCAGUCUACACAACUGUUCAUGGAAAAGCACGAGUGGUCAUUGAAAAUACAUUUGGGCGACUUAAGAAUAGGUGGUGUUGUCUAAGUAAGGAUUGCACCCUCCAUUAUAAUCCUGAGAGGUGUGCUAUAAUCAUGGCAUGUUGUGUUUUACACAACCUAGCAAAUGACUUUUCGGUGCCAGAUCCACAAGAAGUUGUUGAGCAAAGUACAAAUACAUCUGAGGUAGCUCUACAAGAAUGUUAUGGAGAUGAUAUACUUCGGGGUAGAACUUUUAGAAAUGUUCUUAUUGAUAAAAUUAGUAGACUCCAUAAUAUUUAA